GCUAUGCCGCGGCGGGCGGCGUAGCUGGCGCGGAAGGCCGAGGGCGCGGGAGCCGCUGCCACUUUGCUGGGGCGCCUAUUCGCGACAGGGCGGGCCCGGCGCGCCAGAACUUUGCAGAAGCGGCCCCGGCGCUGCUCCGAGGGGUGGCCACGCUCCACACGGAUCUGCUGCGCGAGACAGGUAGAAACGGACCUACUGCGCGAGUUGAGCCCAGCGGCGUGGGCACCAGGCUGCCGGUGUGCCCGGUCGUGGGCAUCGCGUUGGGCGAUGCUGAGGCCAUGGGCCGGCCCCUUUCGGUGUUGGAAGUGCGUUUGAGGGAGAGCGUUUUUGUUGGCCUGUGCCGCGAUGUGGGGCUGCCGGCGGACGUAGGGGCGCCGCGACUGGGAAGGCCGCAGCAACUACUGGCCAGGAUCGACGAAGAACGAGAUGGGCGCGCUGUAGUUGUGUGGGAUUCGGAUGUCGGUGCGUGCUGCUCUGGAGGAAAACCCCCGCAAGCGCGAACCUCCGCCGAAGCGGCGCCGUUCCUACUGCGGACCACUGGCCUGGCCAACACGCUCAACCGCCUCGCCUUGGGGCAUUCGAAGGGGCCCCGGGGCAAGCUUUCUAAGGUCUGCGCCCGCCUCUGCGGGCAGGGCGGCCGGCGCGUUAUUACCCCGACCCCCUGGCCCGGGCGUGCGCCCGCCGGCAAGGCCCAGGCCCCGGCAGAGCUUGGCGCCGCGCGUGCGCGCCCAUGAAAGAGUCGCCGGAGAGCGUACUUGCCAAGACCCUGACCGAAGCCGCAGCCGAAGCAAUCGCGGACGGCGCCAAUAACAAGACGCGCCGAAGCAGAGCGGUUCCGGUGCAGGAUCUACCCAAUUACUGGGCGAGGUGCCGGGCCAUUCCGGUGGCGGUGCCGAGAUCUGGAACGGGGGAGGCCCCCCCCUUUGAGAGGACCGGCGCCGCCGCCGGGGAAUCUGUAUGCUUGCUGCUUGCAUUUCAUGCAGCGCAGCUUUUUUCUAGAUUCGGCGGGCCGGCCCGGGGGCUUGCCAGCUGGCCCAGGCGCCCAUCCCCCAUCGCCCGCCGGCGCACUCCAAAGCACUGUCGCGCUUCUACCCUUAGCGCAGUGCGUGCCCCUGGCGCUUCUUAGCGUUGCCCUUCAUAUAGAAAGCGGCGCGGUGGCGGGGCAUGCUGCGAGCCGUGAUGGAAGACGGACGAAGGCCAGUUGCGUGUGAGUGCGCCUGCGCAUGUCGGAGUUUGUUGCAAAAGGGCCGGCGCGCAGUCUCCGCCGCCGAUUCUAGUCAUUCU